CCUUGAAGACCUGCCUUUGGUUCAAAAUGCAGCAGCCCAGAUGUGGACCAGCACGAGAGGCCAAGACCGCAUUGCGCCUGUGCCCAGGUGGAUUCUGGGUGCCGUUUAAAGUGCUGGUUGUGACCUGCAAAGGCCUCUACGGCUUGAUGCCCGGGCACCACCUGGAUGGCCUCUUCCAACUGGAUUCGACCCUCCUGUUAAGAACAUCAUAGAAAAAUGCCCGUAAAAUUUGGGGCUGAGGCCAGGAGGAGAUGCCAUACAAUGAAACCCAGAAGCAUCUGCAAAAUCCAAGGAUGUUGUCAAAUUGGCACCAUUGCAGCGCAGGCGCCACCCCUUUGUUCAUGUGUGUGACACCACAACGCGUGCGCAAAAGGGGCGGAGAUUUUGUCAUGACCUUAAGAGCGUGUGGCUUGAUUAUCUUCAGGAAGAUGCCCAAGGCAUCUGCUGCCGCGGCUGCUGAAGGCAACAUCGAAUACCUCCUCCUGCAAACUUCCUAUGGGACUCAUCACUGGACGCCCCCAAAAGGCCACGUGGACCCCGGGGAAGAUGACUUGCGCACGGCCCUGCGGGAGACCCAGGAAGAGGCUGGGCUGGCCUCCACCCAGUUCACCAUCCUGGAAGGGUUUAAGAAGGAACUGAAUUACGUCGUAAAAGGCAAACCCAAAACAGUUGUCUACUGGCUGGCAGAGCUGAAGGACAGAGACACGGAGAUCAAGCUUUCAUCGGAGCAUCAGGACUUUCGCUGGCUGACCCUUAGCGAUGCCUGCAGACUUGCCGAGUAUGAGGACAUGCAAGGGGCCUUCAGGGAGGCCCAUCGCUUCCUCUCUUCCAAAAAAUAAAUGCUCUGGGGGGAUGCAGGAAUGUUUUAGCGGAUGCUGCACUGCUGUUCUUUGAACUCUUAGAGCAGGGUUUCUCAACUUUGGCCACUUUAAGAUGGGUGGACUUCAACUCCCAGAAUUCCCCAGCCAGCAUGGCCAUUGCAGAGAAUUGUGGGAAUUGAAGUCCACAUGUCUGGAGGUUACCAGGUUGGGGAGUCUGAGAUAUUAGUCUACAAGAAGAAGACCCAAUGUGAGUUACUUAUUUUUUAAAGAACUAGAUUUAAAUCAAUCUUCGUUCUUUGUUUUGGCUCCAGCCACUUCUUCUCCUGCCUUUUUUCAGAAAGACCUAACAUGCCAGUCAAACUCAGUGUGGGGCAUCAGUUCCCAGAAUCUAGCACCUCCCUGCUCUCCCAUAUUUGAUGAUUAAAGAUAAUCAUUUUUGGCCUCCAUGACCUGUAUUCAUCCUUUAAACCAUU